UGCUAUAAAAGCAGGCUGUUGAUGCUGAGGACACCAUCAGUUUCAGUUGGAAAGUGUCCGCACUAGCAGGUCUGCACACCAAACAGUUUAAAUAGGUGUUUUGUAUAGCUGAAAUCAAUCUACCAGUGGCUCACAAUAAAGUUGGUUGUGUUUAUUGCGUUGAACGUGUCAGUUGAUGAUGGCUAACGGGUACAUUAAGCUCGCGAAGAGGGGAACCAUUUUUAUGGUAGUUUGUAUCGGGCUGGUGGCCAGCGUGCAGAGUGUAGCUUCAUUAGCUCAAGAACGACGCAAUCUGGCGGCAGAAGCCUGCACCGAUGAUGUUGGUGAAAGGCAAUACUAUUCUGAUCGUAGGAUCGAUCGCUUGGAUCAAGAUCAAGAGCAACGGCUGCUGCUGUUCAAUCGGCUAGACAGACAUCGCGGCGAGGAGGACCGGCGCGAAAAGUUGGCUGAGCGUGGAUUUGAUCGAUUCGUAGACGUACAACGCCAAGAACCGUCAAAUCGUCGAGACAGCGAUCGUGCGCAGAUCACCCGGGAACGCCGCGAAGAUGAUGUUAUGUCAUCUAGACGAGAGAAUGAGCGUCGUGAAAGUCGCCUCGAGGAAAGUGUACAUAAUCGCCGAGCGGUCCGCUUGGAAGAUCGUCGUGAGGGACGACUCCAGGACCGUCGGGAAGAUUCCCGAGAACAACGCCAAAUAGAACGUCGUCAGGAGGAUCGCCGAGAAAACUCGAGGGAUGUACGUCGUCAAGAUAGACAAGUAGAACGUCGAGAAGAUUCCCGAGAGGACCGUCGUGAAGAUCGACGAGAAGAAGUUCGAGAUGAUAACCGUGAGGAACGUCGAGAAAGGGGAGAUUCCCGAGAGGACCGUCUGGAAGUUCGUCGAGAAGAAAUUCGAGAUGAUAACCGUGAGGAACGACGAGAAAGGGGAGAUUCCCGGGAGGACCGUCUGGAAGUUCGCCGAGAGGAUAUCCGAGAUGGCAAUCGAGAUGAACGACGAAAUGAACGUGAAGAGGAACGUCGAGAAGCUCGCCGAGAAGAAAUCCGAGACAAUAACCGAGAUGAACGUCGACAGGAGCGUCGGGAGGAUCUUCGAGAAGAACGCCGAGAAAAUCGUCGAGAAGAUCUUCGAACUGAUAACCGAGCCGAACGACGACAGGAACGAGAAGCACGUCUUGAAGAUUCCCGGGAACAUCGUCGAGAAAAUCGCCGACAAGAUCUUCGAGAUGAUAACCGAGACGAACGACGACAGGAACGUCGAGAAGAUCGCCGUUUAGACACGUCGGAAGAUCGACGGGAAGAUCGCCGAGAAGACAUUCGAGACAACCAUCGAGAUGAACGUAGGGAGGAACGCCAGGAAGAUCUCCGCCGAGAACAACGCCGUGAAGAUCGCCGUGAAAACAUCCGAGAGGAGAACCGACGAGAAGACCGAAUUGAAGAAUCUCCCAGGGAACGUCGCCAGGACCGUGGAGAACGUUCAGCAGAAAGACGUGUCGCUGCAGAAGAACGUCGCAUCAGUGAGGAACGUCGUGAAAAUGGUCGACGUGAGCUUGAAACGCGUCGAAUUGCUGAACGUCGUGAAACUACGCGCAGAGAACGAACUGACGACGAGCAACGUAGAAUUGAAACGGAAGCCGUACGCCGAUUUGAACGUGAAGACCGCCGCUUGGAAGAAAAUCGUCAGGCUGAUCGCCGCCAUAACGUUGCCAUUCGAGAAACCGAGGAGCGUCGCAAUUUUAACGAUCACUACCAGGGUGAUGAGAAAUUGAUCGCCUUCCAGCAGGAAAACGCUUUCCUUUAUCAGCUGAUCCAAACGGCAGCUCUGGUGGGUUUUGCUGGCUACUGGCUGCUUAAGGGACAUUCUACAGGCACCAACUACAUGGGCCACGAUGGAGAGGAUCUGAAAAAGAAGCCCAACUCGAUGGUGGAAGCCGUCGGAAAGUUUCUUGGGGUCGACCACAAGUAAAGUAAAUAAUCUCUAUCGCUAUCACUCUAUUAUCCAGUGCAUUUUAGACGUGUAACCCUUAAAAGGGACAGGCAAAUGAGAUACGAGUCACACACACAGGCUUAACAGACAGUACAAACAACCAAACAAAACUAUAUAUUCUACUAAUCCUAGAUCGAUGUACUAUUACACUUACCCCCAGGUCAGCCAUCUGUGUCCAAAAGGAUAUAAUCGUUUGAGUUUUUUAUGUUUGUAAACCAUUAAUUAACCAUCGGAGCAGCUGUACCAAACUGUAAAGAAAGGCAAAAUACAGCCAAAGUAACAAAACGUUGAGCCUACAUCAAGAAAAUGCGUGUGAUAGUGAACGGAGCGGAGCACGCUGAGGGGAAUGCGAGUAAUGAUAAGAGAGUUAAAGAAAGGUUGUUAAUGCAGUAGUACGCCAAACAGUUCAAACACAGGAGUAUUUGGUUUUAUGUUAAAAUUCCAUUUUGGGAAAUUAAUCCCUUACGCAUAGCGAUCAACAAAAUUAUCUACUUUAGCAACCACUAUGAUGGAACCAAGUUACAUCUAAAACCGACCAAUGCUGAUGAAUAAUAAUGGGAAUUUAGCUCCAAUUGGGGCAACUCCUCGGAAAGGUGUAGCUCUACACUUUGGAAGAGAAGAAUAGUAGAUCUGUAAGCGCAGCAUCCAAUCUCCAUAUGCAACCGUUGCAGCAGCGCGGUCAAAGACGACGUACAACGACAACGGGAAGGAUAUUGUGGAACGACAACGAUGACGAUCCUGAGAAAUGUCUAGCUUUGGAUGUGUAGUACCUAUGUUUUAUUCCCCAGCAUUCCCAGUACGGACGCUGUUGUAGUAAUCAUAACGAAUGGUUUUCUGCUUAAAAGAAAACCGCAAGCACAUUAUUUACUACCAUACGCAAAGGAGAUAAUAAUAAAACCUAAAUAUCCUUGUGCAGCAAAACCUUAUCGUACAUAAAUAAAUGAAGAUGGCAUACAAUGCAAA